AACUGUGAAACACUGAAGGUUAAUAAUUGAUCUCACUGUUGUCAUACAGCGCUAUUCAUUAUGUAGCUGCUGCGCGUUCAUUAUAACAACAUCUCAGAGGUUCUCAGAUUUGUAGGUUCUUGUCGGUGUUUGGUUCAGAUUUUACCCAGAUAGUUUGUGAACUCAGUUCCUGACGCGGAUUUCUAUAAGCGCUGCUCUGCCAGCUUAUAUUUGGAACUGGAAACUACUAACCAAAUACGAUUAUUUUUACAUUAUUUGGACUGUUUUGUUUAGGAUUGAAACAUGGCGUCGACUGCGGACACUGAGCCCGGCUUAAAUAGUGGGCAAACACCAAAUGCCGAGUCGAUGGUUCCUGCUAGCAUGUUUGCUCCGGCAGGCCGGGGUUGUGGGGAAGACGCCGACGAUGAGUGCUUCGAGGACUGCGAGGCGGUCAACGGCGAGACCGGGGAUCACGGAAUAGACUUCUCUAGCAAGUUGGCCCUCGUCAGCCCCAAUGGAGAGCAGUACGACUCGUUACUGAGGCAGCUCCGGGAGAGAAUGGAUGAGGGCUGUGGCGAGACCAUUUACGUAGUGGGAGUGGGUUCAGACGGAGGGGACUACGGUCUGACUGAGAGCGACAUGGAGGCCUCCGUGGCCACGGUUCAGUCUCUGUGUGAGCAGAUCGAGGCCGAUCUCAUUUUGCUGAGGGAGCGCACUGAAGCCGGCGGCCAGGUGAGAGAUUACCUGAUCCGCCGGCGAGUGGGCGAGGCCGACUUCCUAGAGGUUCGAGUGGCUGUGGUAGGGAACGUGGACGCCGGGAAGAGUACACUCCUGGGCGUGCUGACACACGGCGAACUGGACAACGGUCGAGGCUUUGCCCGGCAGAAGCUCUUCCGACACAAGCACGAGCUGGAGAGUGGUCGCACCAGCAGCGUGGGCAACGACAUCCUCGGCUUCGACCGGCAAGGAGGCGUGGUCAACAAGCCCGAUAGCCACGGCGGCAGCUUGGACUGGACCAAGAUCUGCGAGAAGUCCUCCAAAGUCAUUACCUUCAUCGACCUCGCAGGCCACGAGAAGUAUCUAAAGACCACUGUGUUCGGAAUGACCGGCCACCUGCCUGAUUUCUGCAUGCUCAUGGUUGGCAGUAAUGCAGGUAUUGUUGGCAUGACAAAGGAGCAUCUGGGACUGGCGCUCGCUCUCAAUGUGCCUGUGUUCGUGGUGGUCACCAAAAUAGACAUGUGUCCUGCCAACAUUCUGCAAGAGACACUAAAGUUGCUGCAGAGGCUCCUCAAAUCUCCCGGCUGCAGAAAGAUCCCAGUCCUGGUCCAGAACAAAGAUGAUGUCAUUGUCACAGCAUCUAACUUCAGCUCUGAGAGAAUGUGCCCGAUUUUCCAGAUCUCUAAUGUCACCGGAGAGAACAUGGACCUGCUAAAGAUGUUCCUGAACCUCCUGUCCUCCAGAACGUCCUUUAAAGACGACGAGCCCGCUGAGUUUCAGAUCGAUGACACCUAUUCUGUACCGGGUGUAGGGACUGUAGUAUCAGGAACGACGUUACGGGGAUUGAUACGACUGAACGACACACUGCUGCUUGGGCCGGACCCGCUGGGUGCCUUCAUCCCUAUCACUGUCAAAUCCAUCCAUCGCAAGAGAAUGCCUGUGAAAGAAGUGCGAGGAGGACAGACUGCAUCGUUUGCUCUGAAAAAGAUAAAGCGCUCGUCUAUAAGAAAAGGAAUGGUGAUGGUGUCGCCACGAUUAAAUCCGCAGGCAUCGUGGGAGUUUGAGGCAGAGAUACUGGUCCUUCAUCACCCGACGACCAUCUCGCCCAGAUAUCAGGCCAUGGUGCAUUGUGGGAGCAUUAGGCAGACGGCAACAAUUCUCACCAUGAACCGAGACUGCUUACGAACAGGAGACAAGGCCACAGUUCACUUCCGCUUCAUAAAGACCCCUGAAUACCUGCAUGUGGACCAGAGGCUGGUGUUCCGGGAGGGCAGGACCAAGGCGGUGGGCACUAUAACUAAGCUUCUUCAGUCAACAAAUAAUCAGCCGUCCAAUUCGAAACCACCUCAAAUCAAAAUGCAGUCCACAAAGAAAGUAGCACCUAGGAGAGAGGACGGCCAGCCGCCAGCCGCCGAGGAGGCACCCAGCACCGCACCAGCAGCCUGUACGAUCACAGCACAUCAACCAACAGAGGGCGAGGAAGACCCUCAGACUAAGGAGGGAAACAAAGAGAACAAGCCAAAGUCUGGAGGGAGACGACGAGGAGGUCAGAGGCACAAAUGUAAAAAUCAAACCACCUCCACAGCGACCCCGGCCGGUGCAGUAGGAGGCUGUUAAACCACUUUCUCCACUCCAGCAAGUGAAUUCUGUAGCUUCUAAAAACGUUCAAAUGAGGUCACGCAGUCAGUCAGCUGUCCCAGCCGUUCUGAUUUCUAUUAACGUUCGUUUUGAAAAUGGACCACAGCAAUGUUCCUAAAUCUAGAGCAGAACCAACAUGCAGUGUCUGAGAGGAUUUAAAUUAUGAAAAUGUGUGUUCUUAGAGGUUUACGCUGUAGUUCUUAGUUUUCCCCAGAAUAUUAAGAAAAAGCAGAAACUGCAUGAUGGUUCUUUUUUCUUUUUAAAAGGUGACGACGAUGCGGCCUCGUAUAACAGAAGGAUAAUCAGAGAAGCAUUAAUCAGAGGCCUUUUUCCAUUAAACAUGGCAUUAUGCACAGCCUAAACAACUCCUCCUAAUGUUGUAGAUAGUCUGGUUUUAAAAGAUCUCUUAAUAUUACAGUUUUGUGAUAGUUCAGGCAAGAAUACUAAAUAUGUGGACAACAGUAAUUCAUGCUUCUUCACAAUAAACCUGUUCAGUAAACCCCA